AUGGGCGACCAGAGUGGACCCGAAGCGACCGGCCUCUUCAAGCUACCACCAGAGGUGCGCAACCACAUCUACGGCUACUACUUCAAAGACGGCACCGCUGCCGACACGAGAAUCGACCUCUGCAAAGCCAACGACUUCCACCCGGACCCAGCCAUCACCGCGGUCUGCAAAGCGAUUCGAAACGAGACACUCGAGCACUACCGCCAGUCCAUCUUCAUAUCGAGCGGCUCGAUUGUAGCCUCCAUCGCCAAGCUCCGGAGCAAACCCACGCUCGACCGCCUUACGUUCGACGUAGAAUGGCAAUCCUUUGAGACGUUGAAAGUAGUUGCAGCCGCCUGCCCAAACUCAGCGCCUCAUUGGGAGGUGACGGUAGCGGAUCCUUCUGCGCCUAUCACAUCCUUUGACGGGUUGAUCGCGCAGUCCAUGGCCGAGGUGCUCAAUGACCCGAACAGAUGGGCCUCGUCGCCGACGAUGACCGCCCAAAUCACCGCGGAGGAGGACGACGGCCGCGUCGGCCUCUUGAAGCUGCCGCCAGAACUGCGCAACCGCUUCUACGACUUCUGCUUCGCACCAGCUCACCACAUUGAUGCCGACUCCGAGAUCAACCUCGUCAAAGCCUACCGCUACCUUCCCGAUCCCGCCAUUUCGCCAUCACCAGAGUGUGCAAGGAGAUCCGAUGCGAGGCGCUUCGGCAGUAUCGAGCUCUCGUCUCCGCCUUCUGGAAAGGACACAACUUCUUCAUUGACGUUCACCCGUUCCACUCUGACGAAGAGUGCCAUCAGCAGGAACAGGCUAUCAUUCGUGCAAUCUCGAGUUUCAACAGCAAGCCAACAAUGA